AAGGAUGCUUUGGAAGACUUUGCUGCUGCUGCUGUUCUAUUACAGUGCUCAUGCCACUGUAACCCACAGAUGGAGCAGAGCUAUGCUUUUCCCAGCUGCUCAGCGGUUCAAGAGGUCCUCAGCCACCUCCCUUAACCCAGUGCUACAAAACUCACUGGAAGAUGUGGUCCUGCUUUACGAGUUUCUUUUAGCUGAGCUUGACAUUGACAAAGGUCAGAGGAUCUCCAUCAAAGAUGAGGAGCUUGCUUCACUGAGGAAGGCUGCUGAAUUUGACACCAUCUGCAAUGAGAUUAUCCCCAAGAGCAUCACAGAGAUCCGCAGGCUGAGUAGCAGGUUAUCUUCCUACCCAAGGGUCCUCAAGAAAGAAGACUUUGAAAGGACAGUGUUGACCAUGGUCUACACAGCCUACAGAGCUGCUCAGUCUCAGGGGCACCAGAAAGACACUUGGGCUGAAUCUUUUGUCAGUCUUUAUAAAGCCCUGAAGCAUGACUUGAUGCUUUCAUACAACAAAGAGCCAUCACAGUAG